UGAGGGGGCAGGGUGCUCUUUUGAUAGCCCAACACAGUUGGCUCAACUCCUUGGUGUGGGGGUAGAGAGAGAGAGAGAGAGACAACGAGGUGCACUGGGUGAAUUCUGCGUGGAAGAAAAGAAGAAGAAACAGAGGGCCCUUUUCUCCCUAGAUUCACCUGUGGAAUGGAAUGAACAAACAGGGCGAAAAAGAAGAUAAGGAACAACCCUGUCAUUGAGCAUUGCUUCGGUUUAACGUGCAUCAAGUUCUGCCCUCGUUCUCCACCUCAAUCACAAGAAUCUCUCUCUCUCUCUACACUUUAAUCUCUGUUCAACGCCACUCUGACAAAACUCGGGGGAGUUCAGUCUGACUGGAGAGGAAAGGGCAUAAGAAAUCAUCAUAAGUAUCUGCCCUGCAGGAGGAAGACGUAUCUUUAAAGCCCCCACCCCUUCUUCCCCUGCUGUCUAUCCAUUAUGACCUUGCUGGCGUCUGAGAGGUCACUGCUCAUCCGCAAUAAGUUUCGCUCAGUUCUGCAGUUGAGAAUACAGAACCGCAGACAGCAGAAUGAACUUAAUGCAGAGUCUGGUACAAAGGCCUCCGUCCCUGAUAAAGUUGGGGAGAAAGAAGCCAACAGUGGUUUGCGUCAGACUGAAGACGGUUCCACUCAGAAGUCGCCCCCUAGUGGUCUGACUGCUCAAACUGCACCAGACAGGAGUUACAGCGGAGCUCACAGGCAAAAGAAGGCCCGUCUGGCUGAGGAUCUGAGUGAGAAAAUCCAGAGUCAACCUGGACCACUUGAACUCUUGCAGAGGCAUAUUCUGCCUCUAGAGAACACUGCUUCAUUGCCAUCAGAUGUCUUUGAAGAUGACAACUCCUCUUCUGCCUCUGCAUCUCCCGAGCAACUCGGGAUGCACCAAUCUCCUGGCUUAUCAUCAUCACCUGGGCAAGGAGGUGACCAAUCGCUGAGUGAUGCGUCAUCUGUUGCUGCGCCCAUCAGCCCAAACAGUGUACAGCAGUGUAGAUUGGCAUUGCUCCCGGCAACCGAGGGCAUCAGCCAACCAAUGACCAUGACAGUAACGGGGUCAAACUCCAUAUCAACAACUGGGAGACCCAAAGGGAUCUACAUGCCCUCCCAGACAACACCACUGCUGCCAAAGACAGCACAGCCUUCAGAUCCACCUUCUCAUUCCGUUCUGGGUGGGUCCUUAACUUCAUCCCGCCCUCCGCGGCCACGAAAGCCUCGCGAUUCAAAACCUAAAAUGAGGAAGUUGAAAUAUCAUCAGUACAUUCCCCCAGAUCAAAGAACUGGGACUGGAAGCGGAGCUGGAAGUGCUUCACAAAAGAAUAAUAGUGGUCAGGCUCCGCCCACUGAUUCCUCUUAUUCCCACCUCUUGCAACAACAGCAGGUGUUCUUACAACUACAAAUUCUUAACCAGCAACAACAGCUCCCUGUGACAAACAGUGAGAACCAUCUGAAGAUUUCUGGAAGUACGCCUCAAAGUUCACCUCAAUCUGGGACACCAUCAACAAACCCCUCUACUCCUGAUACAAGUCCCAUCCAUCAGGCAGAGUUACUGCCCUUAAACCUUGAUGACUUAACGGUAUCAGUUCUUCGGCAGCAGUUGCGGAAACGUGGACUCCCAGUUUCUGGCACUAAGCCUGCACUAUUAGAGAGACUCCGUCCUUUCCAGAUGCCUCGUCCCCCAUUAACACCUGCGCCGCUUUGCCAGCUAGGGGCCACACUAGAGCCCUCCCACCCUGCCAGCCUCAACCGAAUCCCUACCAGCUUAGACACCUCUGCCAACCCUGCACCAAUGUACAUCAACCCUUCAGGUUUAGCAGAGCAAAGCCUAGGUAGUGAUAGUUACCUCCCUUCUCCUUCUUCUGCUGGCUCCAGCCCCACCUUACAUAGAUCCUCCCCUCCAAUACCCUCCAGUACUACGUGGAGGCCAGGCCAGACAGUAGAUGAACUUAGUGUGGAGCUGGAAAUGAGAGAGAGAAUGAGGAGCAGACCAAGAGAAGGAGCAAAGGACACUCAGCUGUGUGACAGUUCCCUUCAUCCGUUCCUGCAACAGGACACAGGAUGCACCAGAGGGAAACCAGACACAGGUGGACAGGAACUGCUGUUUACGUACUGCGCUGGUGAUGGAAAAGCGAACUGCUGCCAGCUUUGUGAUGUGAUUGGUCAAGACUUCGAUUUGCCCAUGCAAAUCACUGCCAGUCCAGCACAAGCAUCACCCACUGUCCGGAGUCUGGAAGAGGAACUACAGGAGGCCAUUCAAAGAGUGCAGCAAAAGAUGGGCCCUAGUCAAUCCAUAGAUGACAUUUUGGACGAGACUAUUGGUUGUUCAGAUAACUCUUCACUGAUCACAGACAUCCAGUCAGCCAUUACCGUCCUUUCAGGCUCUUCCCCUGCCCCACAGCCUGACCAAUCACAGUUCACCAAGCGCCAAAAAGAUGACAACUUCCUGUCCUCUCCUCUGUGCUCUUCGCUUCUUUUAGAGCUUCCUCCCUCACCUAACAACGCUCCACCCCUCAGUUCAACCCCAACUCCCCUUCCUCCUCCCCCCAUCUGCACCACUCCACCAUCCAGCUCACUGUCCAGGAAAAGAAGGUCAGAGGUUCCUGCUUUUGACCCCGCUGAUUGGCUGGAGUCCUUGACCUCUGGCCUGCAACCGCUCACGCCCCCCGCCGCCCCAUUCCUAGAGAGCGAUUUUGGCCUUGACUCAGACCUGAACGUCAACAGAGUCCUCGACCUGAUGGUGGUGCAAUGGUGAGGAAGGGGGCGUAGUGUGUGUCUGUAUGUGCGUAUGGCUAAUUGGAUGCAUGAUUGGAAAUUAACCACCUUUCAAAUCGUGUACCCUCGAGAGAAGACGUCCUCAUCUUUUCAUUCGUUCCUCUGUUUUUGCAUCCAUUCAACUCUGUCAACUGAUGUGACCAAACAGAUCUGACUGGUGUUGACUGCUAACCUCUACUCCACGCAAUGUCGAGAGAAAGAGGGAAAUGGAAAAAGAGAUGUGCUUUGGUAACUCGUACAGAAAGAUCCACAAAGAGCAUGUGCACAUACGCCACACUUUCACGAUGACUCGUAUUUUUAUAAAAGCUUAAAAAGUGAAAAAAGAAUAUAUUAUACAAAAAAAGUGGGCUUCCCCAUUGAUUUGCCUCUUGCUUCAGUGCCAGACAAACUGUCGGCAUGUGGCAAGUGUGUGGAGCAGCAGGAGCUUCAAACAAUCUGUGUGUAUUUGCAGGGAAGUGUAUGCGCUCCCUGUAUGUGUGAGCACGCUUCUCUUGGCUGCUUUAUCUGCGUGUGUGUGUUUGUGUUGGCGCAUACACGCUUGCCAGCAUGUUCUGUAUCUACAGUCUCAAUGCACCAUAAAGGAGGUGCCUAAAGCAUUCAAAUGCACUUGUUUCUGUUUAUACUGGUGAACAUUUUUCCAUUUAGUAUCGAGUUAUGUUAUGCUUUGUCUGGACUAGUGCAUCAUGGGACUGAUGUUCACCCAAAAGCAUUGGCCCAACAACAGAUCCUCUGAAGAUUUUUGGGCAGAAUAACUCAUGCUACCUUUAGGCACCAAUAUAGUACAAAAUAAUGCUGGUCUGAGGCCAGUAUGCAUCUUCAGCGGGAUUGAAACCACAAAUUAGGUUGGGACCUUAGGAGAAAAUGUGUUUUAAAAAAGCCUAACGUAAUUAAAUCAGAAAAUCUAAAGGCUUUUGAGUUGAUUGAUCAGCCUUCCCAGAAAACACUGUGUAAAGUUAAAGAAGUCAUCUUUCAACCGCUACUCUUUAAAUUUUCUUAAUGGGACCCAUAUAGCAUCGUCUACCAUUGUUGUUUACAGACAUUUGACCUUUUGACUGGCCAUUGCUUUUAUGCAUUUCUCUGGACAAUGCAGUACAUUACUCAGUGCAAUAUGCUUCCAAGAAAGGGCACAGGAAAACAACACAUUUAAAUGUCCAAAGAAAGUGAAACAUGAACUCUUCAUUGUGUCCCAGUCUUAUAUGUAAAAGUGUAUGUGUAAAAAGGACAAUGUGUUUGAUAAUCAAAUAUAUUGCCCUGAGUUCAGUAUGCAGACAGGUGCUGGAGAAUCACAGCAUAUGUGCAGCUGGACUUUGUUCUCAAAUGAAGUUUUUUUAUGUAACCCUUCAAAUCAUAACUAAUGUUUGUAAGCCACAUGACCAACCAAAAACAAACAUAUUAAGUAUUUGAUCUGAUAUAUUUAUUGAGUAAUUUAUUAAAACUCUGUCAACUAUCCAUGUACAAGUCAUUUAGUAAACUUAAAAUAGUGUAAUUAAAGUCUUAAUUGAUUUCC